ACAUUAACAAUUAGCCCUUUUGGCUUUUGCUUUUACGAUCGUGUAUCCCACGUCUUCAUGUAUUUUGGAGUGAUUAAAUCGUUAAUACAUAUAUUUAAAGCAUUUUUAUCAAAGUGAAACGGAAUAUACCAAAAUGCAAGGACCAGCAGUGUUUAUGGAUAUAUCCCUUGAGGAUCAAGCUCUAGAGUUACGGAAGUAUAUGAAGAACCUUGGUGCAGAAAUUUCCGAAGAAAAGUCUCCUAAAGGCAUAGAGGAUGAUCUUCACAAAAUCACUGGUGUUUGUGAUAUAUGUUUUAAAGAGAACAACGAGGCAGAUAUUGAAGCAGUUCUUAACAGUAUUGUGUCUAUAAUGGUAUCUAUACCAUUAGAACGUGGUGAGAAUCUUAUUGUGGCAUUUAGUCAGAGAUUAGGUAAAGCUCCUGAACCAAAACUUGGAUUGAUUUCAUUACAAGCUCUGUGGCGCUUAUAUAAUAAUUUAGAGCCCAACUCUCCUCUCCGGUACCAUGUUUAUUACCAUGUAAUAGAACUUGCAGCACGCAUUGGAGCUGUUGGAGAUGUCUUCAAAGGAGUUGAACAACUCAAAAAGGAGUUUUCCUCUUGCCCACCAACGAGUGAGCAAAUGCAAAAACUGUAUAGAUUAUUGCAUCAAGUCUUGAAAGAUAAUAACAGUGAACUGGCUUCAAAAGUUAUGAUUGAGUUGUUAGGCACUUACACAGAUGAGAAUGCUUCAUAUGCAAGAGAAGAUGCCAUAAAAUGUAUAGUAACUGCUUUGGCAGACCCCAACACAUUCCUUUUGGAUCCCUUACUAGAGCUCAAACCAGUACGUUUUUUGGAAGGAGAAGUUAUUCAUGAUUUACUGUCCAUUUUCGUCUCAGAAAAACUGUCAAGCUACCAAAAGUUUUACGAAAAUCACAAGGAAUUUGUACAUUCCCAAGGUUUAAAUCAUGAGCAGAACAUCAAAAAGAUGAGAAUAUUAUCAUUCAUGCAGAUCGCAGAGUCGAACCCUGAACUCUCAUUUGAUGAAAUUACUUCAGAACUGCAAAUUGAUGAGAAAGAUGUAGAAGCCUUUAUUAUUGAAGUUCUGAAAACUCGCCUAGUACGCGCACGCGUGAAUCAAGCUCAACGUAUGGUUCGCGUGUCCAGCACGAUGCACCGUACCUUCGGCCCCGCCCAGUGGCAACAUCUGCGGGACGUUUUGGUCGCAUGGCGUGCAAACGUUAACCAAGCUCACGAAUCUAUGAAAUCUGUGACCACUGCGCAGGUGGAAUACGCAGCACAGCAGCAGAAAGCUUAAAUUAUAAAUGUGUUACACGUUAAACUAUCUCUAGUGGAUUCAAGUCACUCAGCUGUCGCUAGGUGGCGCUGGAUGCAAUUUUUCAGAAAAAAUCGAUAUAAGUGAAUUUAGUAAUUUCCCUACCUUUUACUUGAAACAGGCAUAAAGUUAAAAAACAAGUGAAUUUACAUUAUUAACCCAAUGUUAUUAAUAAUUUAUAGUAGUCAUAAGGAAGGUGUUUUCCGAUCUACAUAUAAACAUAUUUUGAAUCUAUGUUCAUUAGAGAUAGUGUAAUGUCGUAACCAUAUAUUCCGUUUGAAUAUUUUGGAUUUUCAACCUGUCUUACUUUUCAAUAUUGCCAUUGCAAUACUUAAAAUAGAUUUAAUAAUUUAAAAACAAUGUUCAUGUUCUUGUCACAUUGACCGCGAUGAUAAAAAUAAGUUCCACUUGUUAUUUGUAAUAGAUUGUCACAAUUUUGUAUGGAGAAGUUUUCAAGGAAAUAAAAUAUAUAAGGAGCC